AUGUCUCUUCUCAGCAUCCCUAUUGAGAUCCGUCUCCGUGUGUAUUCCGAACUACUUGUCCAAGAUAGCCCUGUUGAGUUUCGUGCGGACCAUGGCCCUAUCAAUCCACGCCUUUUGCGGAUGGAAAGGCAAGGACUCUAUCCGGCCAUUCUUCGUGUCAACAAGACGAUAAAUCGAGAGGCUAUACCGCUUGUCUAUUUAAACAACCGAUUUCGAUUUCCUGAUGCGUACACCUCUUUCGAACCUGAUAUAGGCUUGACAUUGUACAACUCCGACGUACCAUAUAUCGCGCCCUUCCUUCGACAAAUCGGAUCUAAUGCGGGCUUUUUGCGGCAUGUUUGUAUCAACUUCCCGACGUCAUUCGCUUCCUGGAAACCGUCCGUUCUUCACGAGGAGCAUAUUCAAGUGUUUCAACUUAUUCGGGAUACUUGUACGGAUUUGAAGACAGUUGAGAUUUUCUGCAAGCCACCCGACAGUAUAUUCUCGCUUUGGGAUGUUGACCUCGCUGCAGAGAUGCUGAAAACACUAGAUGACGCCGGCCUUAAGGAUAUGCCUUCUCUAGAGAAGAUUUUUGUGGUUCGUGGGGAGUAUGAUAUUGACGAAGAGGCAUUGGCGUCUCGCGAGAGCCUGAUGCAGAAAAUGCCGAGCAACAAAUGGGUUAUAGAGCUCACCAAGGUCCCGCCGAGAGUUUGGAUCUCUGAUGAUGGCAGGGUCGAAUUUGACAACGAUGAAGAUUGCUCUAGAUAUAACGACGAGAUGAAUAGAAUGGAACUGGAGAGGGAGGAGAGAGAAGAGCAAGAACAGUGGGAGGAAGAGUACUAUCGCCGGAGGAAUGACCCAUAUUGGAAGAAUGAUUCAGACUACGACUAG